GACUAUUACUUUACUUGUAUGAAGAAAUAAUCGGUGUGAAAAGAUACACGUCCCGUUUCCCAUUUGGGCCACUCGUGUAGGCUUAGCCUAACACCGCAUCAUUUAUUAUUUUUUUGAGUUUGUUCCUUGACAAAUACUUCAAUGCCAUGGCUCAUAUUCUGAACUCUGAAGUGUGUCAUAUUGCAGGAGGAUGAAGAAAGAAGCAAAAAGUUGCGUAGAAGAACUAGAGUGCAACGUCGUGAUCAUGAUGAAAAAGAGUCACCCAAAGGUGCUUCGUUUGAAUCUCCUCGGAUCACCAAGCUGCAACACUAGAGAUGUCUCUGGACCAGAAACAUCAAGGACAAAGAUGGUAGAAGAAGAACUCGCUGAUACCCGCAAUGAGAUUCAGGUGCCAAACGCGACUCCAGUUAGCAGCCCGGAUCAUAAAACAAGCAUUGACGCAGCUAGGACAUCAUCCUCGGUCUCUGGAUAUAUCUCUGAAAUCAAUUGGGACAUAAAGAAAAUCGGAUUUUCCCAUUAUUCUUUUGAUGAUGAAUCUGAUACAAAUACAGAUAGUGAAAAUCUGUGUUCUUCUCCCUCAACAACCAUGUCUUCCAAGCAAUGGACAACAGACUCCACUUUCAGUUUACAAAGAUUGUCCACAAACAACAUUCUGAGUACUAUUGCUGUUAAGGAUGAGUCACAUGUGAAAUUCUUUGAAGAAGAUCAAGAACUCAAAAAAGGAGGAGUAAAUGAUGGGAUUGGGAGAAGCUCGAUGGAACUAACAAAGAACUUGAGAAAGAUUGCAACUUUAUCCAAUAAAGCUCUCCUUGAGCCACCUCCACUGUGUUCAAUGUGUCAGCGCAAAGCACCUGUGUUUGGGAAACCGCCGAGGUGGUUCAAGUUUGCUGAGCUGGAAAACGCGACCAACGGGUUUUGUCAAGAUAAUUUCUUGGCUGAAGGUGGGUAUGGGUCCGUGCACCGCGGGGUGUUGCCAGAUGGGCAAGCUAUAGCAGUGAAGCAGUACAAAUCUACUAGUUCUCAGGGUGACCAAGAAUUUUGCUCAGAAGUCGAAGUCUUGAGCUGUGCGCAGCAUCGAAAUGUUGUGCUUUUGAUUGGGUUUUGUGUGGAGGAUGGAAGAAGGUUGCUUGUUUAUGAGUACAUUUGCAAUGGAUCCUUGGAUGCUCAUCUUUAUGGGCGCAAGAAGAAAGAUCUUUUAAGCUGGCCUGCAAGACAGAGAAUUGCAAUUGGGGCUGCCCGGGGACUGAGAUAUCUUCAUGAGGAAUGCAGAGUGGGAUGCAUUGUGCAUCGCGACAUGCGUCCAAAUAACAUUCUUCUUACCCAUGAUUUUGAGCCAAUGGUUGGAGACUUUGGACUUGCGCGAUGGCAACCCGAUGGAGACUUGGGUGUCCAAACAAGAAUAAUUGGAACAUUCGGGUACUUAGCUCCAGAGUAUGCCCAAAGUGGCGAAAUAACUGAAAAGGCAGACGUGUACUCCUUUGGUGUCAUACUUGUGGGACUCAUCACGGGAAGAAAAGCUAUGGAUGUUAACCGUCCCAAGGGCCAACAGUCCCUCACCGAGUGGGCACGGCCUUUGCUGGAAAAGAGUGCCAUUGCUGACCUUCUAGACCCUUUCUUGAUGAACUGCGGCUAUGUAGAAGAAGAGGUGUAUUCGAUGAUGCAUUGUGCCGCGUUGUGCAUCCAACGCGACCCUCUCUCACGACCUCGGAUGUCUCAGGUACUUAGGAUGUUGGAAUGUGACAUUUAAGAAUGGCAUGGGAAGAAACAUAAAAGGAGGCAUGGAUGACCAAGAAUGAUAAGAAUAUGGAACUUCCAAAAGCUUCCCACAUGAGACAAUGGAAUCAUCUAAUGAAAAGGAAAAAAUCAUUGUGGAGCCAUUUCACUCAUUGGGGAUGAUGUAUACUCACUAUAUACCUUUAAAAUUGUUAUAUACUUCUUCCGUCCCUAAAUAAUCUUUUCAUUUAUUAUCCACAAGAUCAAAUUAUUUUUUUUCUUUCCCUCUUUUAUUUGAUCUUUUGAUAAAAUAAAAUAGUCUUGUAAUC